AGAGUUGUGGUGUUGCGGCAAUUCGAUGGGCCGGAAACAUUGAAGGUUAGCAAUGUCGCAGUGCCGGGGAUUGAGCAUCAUCAAGUCCUUGUUGUGUUCGCAUUGUGUCAAUCAAUACAAUCGAUAGUGCGACACAUUAUGGUUUCAAUGUUACCGGACGUGAAUACGAUAUGCCUUUCAUUUUGGGACACGAUAUGAGUGGGGAGGUUGCCGCGGUUGGAGCUUCGGUUCUGUGUUUAACCGUAGGCCAAGAAGUCUAUGGUACUUCCCUUGGAUUUUCAUCCGAGGGUACUUUUGCUGACUAUGUGCAACCAUAUGAACUUAUCGGAAAACCGAAGCUAAUUACACAUGAGGAAGUGUCGGCCAUCCCUUUUGCUGCACCGACUAGAUGGACUGCUUUAAUAAGGAUUGCUGAGAUAAGAGAAGGGCAAAGGGUGCUAGUUAAUGGUGGGGAUGAAGCGACCGGUUUUGCGGCAAUUCAACUUGCAGUUACUAAAAGGUGCCGAGUUGUCGCCACUUGUCGCUGCCAAAAUAUUGAUCGGGUUUUGGCUGCUAGUCUUGAGCAGGCUAUUGACUACACAGCUGAGGACAUCAAAUCGGUUAAAGGGCAGUUUGAUGUGGUUUUGGAUACUUUAGGUGGAGCACAAUUCGAGAAAAUAGGCAUAAGUGUUCUGAAAAGAAAAGGACACUACAUAGUACUCCCGGUAAGAUAACUCCAGGUUGUAUGAUCUCCUCUUUUUGCAGAGAAUUUGC